UUGGCUAUUGUUCUUUUAUAGUUAUUAUUUAAAUCUGGGAUGUCAAGAAAUAUUUUAAACUUGAAUUUUAUUUUAGAAAUACUCUUUUAUUAUUGCUUUUGCCUAUUUUUAUUUCUUUUCUGAAAAUUCCUUUGAAAAAAGUAUAACAUCUGAUAUAGCGUCAUGUACGUAAUGGAGUCGAUGUUCUGUGGAACUAGUGAAUUAUUUAUUAAAAAUCUGGGAUAAAUCACAGAAAAGUAAUGAUAUUUGUGCUUAUUUGGACUGCAGUGAUUUAAUUUAAUAUAUAUAUGGAUUCAAAGAAAGAGUUAACCAUUUUGGACAACCUCGUUAUGUCAAUGGAUGAAUAUUGCUGUGAAAUAAAGAUUUCUGGACUUCGUAUACAAAUACAAUAAUAGUUUGCAAGAAGAGUUAAUGGUUUGGAGGGAGCAGGAACACGGUGAACCAUCCGAUGAAGAUAUGGCUUCAGAUCAACCAGUAAAGAAGAAACAGAGAAUCGAUGCGCCCGACAUAGACGAUGUCAGCGACAGAUCUGGCGAGGAUGUUCUCACUGAAAUAUUUGAAUCUGAGACUGCGGCUGAAACCACUGAGGAAUUCCCAAUUAGAAAUGGAGAAUCUCCUGAUAGUGGCACCGUAAGUGAGGAUGCCGUUGAUUGCACUUCGAUUAUACGAAUCCCCAGUAGCAGUAAUGUAGCAAUAGUCCCGUCAUGCUCCAGCGCUACACCAACGUGGAGCUCGGAUGAUGAUAAACUCCUUUCUGAACUACGGCUGUUGCAGCAGGCCCUUGUUGGGCAGUGUCUGUGCAGGUUUGAUGAAAAUUUAAUGUUACAAUUGCUGGACCGUCCUCUACACAUUGUUACGUGGCCCCUCACCUGUUCACUUACGUAUCUGUCAUCAAUGCAGCUACUAUUUGACAUUUACUUAAAGCAGAACGCUGUAGGCACAAUAUGUUCAAAGUUGAUGCAAGCAUGUGACAUAUUUGUUAGGAAUAGGCACGAUUGGAUCACGGAAGUGAUUGAUUUAGCAGAUCAUCAUAACAAGUUUAUCACAUUCGUUGCAAGUAGAGUUCUAGCCAGCUUCUUGAUUGUUGCCAAGGAUACAGUAAACGAGAACUGGCUACAUCAAAUAGCUGAAAAUAUAUAUUCCUUUGAUAAAAUAAACAGAAUAACCGUACAGAAAAUUAAUUUCACUUUGGAUAUUAUUAAAAGGAUAGUGGAAUGGAAAGAUGUUGAACAGCAUCCUUUGGAUGACAGUAAUUACAUAAACUCAGCGAGUACUCUAUGCGUACAGGCGGAUAAUCCGUUCCGGAGUAGUGUAGGUUACGGCACCAAUACCACUAAUGGUGACAUUCCUUCCAGCUCACAAACCAAUCUCCAUAGUGCCUUCUCAAAUUUGCAAACCCACAGUGCCCCCUCUACAUCUUUGGAACAUACAACAGUAGACAGACCAAAUGCCUUUAAAUUACACGAUCCAGUAUUAAAGUUAAAUGUGUCAGCUGAACGAGUGAGAACUCCUUCCCCUAUUCCUACCCAUGUAAGAAUAGAAAGGGUGAACGAACAUGGUUGUGUCACAGUUCUACUAAGAGAUUCAGAAUCUUUCGACACUGCACAUAUUAAAUCCUUAACAAUAAAAACUUUGGAACACAACUGGCCAGAAUUAGUGAAAAAUAUGAAACUCUUAUUACGUACGUACCUGAACCUAUCUAAUGUUGAAAAUUGCAUACUGACUUUCUUAUCCCUAUGGGAGAUUAUUAUAAGUGUAAAGGCUAACCUUUCUGUGAGAGAUACUAAGCCAUUCUAUGCAGAUCUGCAAAGCUUUGUAGACUUAUUGAGAAACAUCAACCUUCCACAACUCAUAUACUCGCAUCUUUUGAGAUUAUUCAAUGAAGUUCUGUGCUACGGUUCUACUUUAGCCUUACAAGAUGUCUUGCCAGACGAGAUAUGCAGUCUCGCCCACUCAAUUGUAAGGUUCGUAAAGGAUUAUAGAUUGCUAAAUGACAUUAGAUUACAGAGCAGUAGGAGUGGUUUCGAAUUUUUAGGGCACAAUUGUACGGUUAUACAGGACUACUCAUUAGGACCUGAUCUGUCCACUUCCGUCCAGUUGGUAGAUCAAAGUUACGGGGAGGAUCAAGAACGAAGUGAAGUGAAUAAGACUAUGUUACAAAAAAUAUCACUAUUAGUGUUGAAAUCUAUAGCGGUCACCGUAAAGGAAAUGAGGUGCGAUUCAUCUGACAGCUCUAUAGACUCCUCUGACUAUAAUGCGAUUCAGGACAUGCAAAUCGUAGAGAGAUCCAUAAGGGAUGUUCUGAAAAAACUUGAUGCAUUCAUGAGAAUGAGUCUGGAAUUUCACCCGGAAACGCCUUUUACAAAAAUGCUCAUCCAUUUGUUUAGCGAACAAGACGACUAUUUGAUAGAAUCUAUGGUUUGCACCCUAGACAUAACAGUUGGCAUUGUGUACAGGAAUUCCAUGUACCCCGAUCUGGCUCCAAUGUUGAAUCCGAUUACGUCAUUCAUGGAGUUCCUUAAGGUGGUUUCUCAUGACAGCGAUGUCCUAUUAGAUUAUCUUGUGAGCAACGAGACUUGCUUCCUGUUGUAUUUACUCAGAUUCUUGAAGUAUGUACGAAGGAAUUGGCCGAAAUUCUUAGAGACAUGCCAACUAGCUGAUUCUAGUGGAACGCGAGCUCUUGAUGACACCAUGCGGGUACUUAUCAGGCUACGUUUACAAAUAAGCAGGUUAGUAUCCAAGUCUCUGUUCCCGUACAACAUCAGCCCAGUGCUGAGGCUGUUGGAUGUCUGUGAAAGUUUGUAUGAGGGCAACGAGUUUAGUUGAGCAACAAAAUUGAUUUGUAUCAUUUGAGGGCGUUUUGUAAAUAAGUUUCAUACAUGAGUUUACAAUCAGUAUAGAUUUUAUAUUAAGGUUAAACAAGGGUUAUAAAAAUGUGUGACUCACAAGUUUUUAGUUGAAAAAUAUCCCCAAAAAAUUUAAAUUGAACUGUAAAGCUAAGUUCUUGUAAAAAAAGUUUUACCAUAAAGACUGGGACCCCUUCAUUUUACAUUCCAAAUUAUAUAAUUUUUUUAGGCUAAUUAGUAUUUAUCGGUAUAUUUACUUAUAAUUAACUGAGGCGUUGCUUUGCGCACGUCUAAAGUUACAAGCACUUUAACAACUCGUGCACUCUCAUAAAUCGUGGAAUCCAGCUUACAUUAACUUCUGUUGGUUUUUUCUCAACAUUAUUGUCUGAUCCCUGUAGUUCCCAAGGGAUGUAUGUUAUAAUAAAGAGCAGAAGAGAGUUCUUGUAACUUAACAAACCCUUAGCAUGAUAAUACCUAUUAAUGUAUUUAGUUUUAAAUACAAUUUUUAUAUAAAAGUCUUCCCUAGAAUGUCAUACUUAGUGGUGUAUUUAAUGUUCGAAAAUUAUAUAAAUGUAAUUAUUUUUGUACAAUUUGAUGAAGUGUUAUAUAUAUGAAUGAGGCUGAUUAUGGAUAAUACUGGAGUUUUCAAGUUGUUUGUAUCGUAAUUAGAUUAUGCAAAUUGUCGUAAAAAACAAAAAUAGAUUCUACAAAAAUGGAUGUAGUACCACUUAGCUGCCCAAGUGCCUUGUCCUAACAAAAGGUGCUCCUAUUAAAUGUUAUUAAAUCAUAAGAACAUAUACUUAGUGGCCAUUUGCAUAUUUUCAUUAUUAAGUUUACAUUUGUAAUGGUUAAUUAUUAAGUUUACAUAAUAAUUUUCGAAUUAUUUAUUUCAUGUAAUAAUUGUAUUAUAGUUAGUAUAUUAUUGGCACAGUAUUGGGCAUAAAAAAAAUUAAUUUUUCUUUUUUUUUUUAUUUAACAAAUUUCUUUUUUUCGCUAAUCUUUGGUUAUUAUAAUAAUAUUUUUCGGUCAAAAACAUUUUUUUUUCAUAAGUCGAUGUCCAAUACAAAGUCGCCAUUGCAUAAAUGCGGGUUUAACAUUCUUAACUAAAUUAUAUUCAACUCGAUAUGACGUGUAAAUACAGCCAUCAAUUACCAUACUACAUGUAAGUAAUGUAAUCAGUAUUAAUACAAUAUUUAUAAAUGAAAUUUUAUUUAUUGUUUUUUGAUAAACUUAUUGAGCUAUGUCUUUGCGUAUACGUUGGUCAAAUGACCCUCUAUUUAUUGCGUUGUUCUUAUUUAUGAAGAGUGAGUCAAUUUUCAUUUUAAAUCAAGCAGCUAUAUUUUUGUCAAAGCAUGUUUGAAUGUGGGUGGGUACCUUCAUACUUCAAAUUAAACGUUUUCUGCCAGUGAUAAUUAAUUAAUUUUUUUUUAUAAUUUUAACAGACAUCAAUAUUUAUUUCGCCCGAUAAAAAGUAAUCAAUCUUUUAGACAUGACUAAAAUUAUAAUAUAAGUAAUACCUUUGCGCCGAAGUGCAUACAAUUUCGCAAAUAAAAUGGGUGCUUUGACCCUUACUAUAAAUCUUUAUUUAUAUAUAAUUAUCAAGCAGUGUCAGGCUGUUCCUAACAGGGUCAAGGAGGUCAGCAGUCGCUUCACUGGCCUGACUUUGCCUGGAUCCUGAUCAUAGUUAUCCCAUGUUCUCCCUAAGGAGGAGGUUAGGUUCUUCGUAGUUUUAUCAAAAUCCAAUGUCCAGUAGGCCAUAUAGAAAGAAAGAUAACAUUCGGUAAGUCUACAAAUUGGGAUAUACUCGUAAUAAAGCGAAAUUUUUUACUUUUGAAUAUUCUUAGACUUUGUUAAAUAUCUACUUAUUUUUAUUCAGGCUGUACUUUAAAAAGGUCACUCUUACAUACAUUUUGAUCGUUACUGUGUAUAACAAACUUUCGGUGACCACCUCUGUUGUCUUAGUAUGUUUGUAGAACGUUCAAAUAAAUCAAUUAUCUAUCGAUCUAACAUUUGUUUGUUUUGCAUCUCUUGCAUCAUGUCACAUAGGGCGAAGGAGUGCUGGGAUUAAAAUAAAUCACUAAUAUAUCUAAAAAAUAAUUCAGUUCAUUGUUUCAUUGUAGUUUUUUUUUAUCUACAUGCUUUUUCAUGAAUUUGGCAUUUACAAGAUUUCACGCUCAUUUUUUUUUGCAACACAUCUAACGAUUCGUAAAUAACAAAUUUACUUUAUAAAAAUUCAAAUUUUUACAUAUUAAUUUUUUAUUAAACUAAUCUAUAAUUUUAAUAACUUUUAUAGCGUUUAAUGGCAAUGUCUCCCGCGAAAGCCGUCGCACCACCUUCGAUAUAAAGAUAUGAAAUUUUCAUAAAUGUAAAAGUUCAAUGAGUUUAUCAAAUAAUGUCAUCGUUUCAACUACAUACGGGAUCUUAAUUUAAGGUAAUUUAAGUUAGGGAACACGAUAGACUGUUUUAUAGUUAUUCUGUAAAUGUUUUACCGGCUUAUUUGUAAGCCGUUUGUGUAUUUUGAAUCUCAAAAUUGGAAAAUUGUGUUUAAUCUCUCGUUUUAGUACUCUUAUUUCAUUUAGGGUACAACCGUGCCCUCAGUUUCAAUUUUCAACUGCAACAAAAUGAUCUAGAAAUCAACUUAUUGGUUAGAUUUGGAGGAAAAUAUAUAUUUUAUCUUCUUUUAUUACAAAACAGUAACUUAACAGUAAGUUCUUUUGAACUAAAAUUUCUAUUAUUUUUGACUAAACAACUUUUGAUUCAAAUAUCAUUGUAUCUUGCCAAUGGAAUAUCUAUUUAUUCUACUUCUAACCAUUGAAAAACCUUAAUUUUAAAAUUUAACGUACUGUUGCAGUUUAUUAUCGACUUUGCCCGAGAAAAACUGGAAAAUAAAUAAAAAGAUACUAUUUUGGCUACUUCGCUUUUGAAAUAAGCGGAAAAAUAUCACGUACAAAGUCGAUAAUAAAGUGUGGUUUAGUAAUCAUAAGCACUUGUUAUUGGUAAAUAAUAAUAAGUAAUUUAACAAACAAUAAAUGAAAUAUUUUUGUACA